GCCGAUACUUCCCCGCAGCACAACAAAAGACAACGAUGGCUGCAAUUCGAAAGAAACUUGUCAUAGUCGGUGAUGGAGCCUGUGGAAAGACCUGUUUGCUCAUAGUUUUCAGUAAAGAUCAGUUUCCCGAAGUCUACGUGCCGACAGUCUUCGAGAACUACGUUGCAGAUAUCGAGGUCGAUUCAAAACAGGUUGAGCUUGCCUUAUGGGAUACUGCUGGACAGGAGGACUAUGAUCGGUUAAGACCCCUCUCCUAUCCUGACACAGAUGUUAUUCUCAUGUGCUUCUCCAUCGACAGUCCUGAUAGCUUGGAAAAUAUCCCAGAAAAAUGGACACCAGAGGUGAAGCAUUUCUGUCCCAAUGUUCCCAUCAUCCUCGUGGGUAACAAAAAGGAUCUCCGGAAUGAUGAGCACACACGAAGGGAACUUGCCAAAAUGAAACAGGAGCCGGUGAAGCCAGAGGAAGGGCGAGACAUGGCCAACCGAAUCAAUGCCUUCGGUUAUCUAGAGUGUUCGGCCAAAACAAAAGAUGGCGUGAGAGAAGUCUUUGAAAUGGCCACCAGGGCGGCGCUGCAAGCCAGAAAACGUGGUAAAAAGAGCGGCUGCCUGCUGUUAUAAGGAGAUUGAAGAUGUCAGUCAACAGCCCAGGAGACUUGGACGGGACGAGCCAAGCAUUUGUGUCCCAGUACAGUCACGAUAUAGAGCGACACGCCAGAAAAAACGCCAGAGGCCAAUGGAAAAAACAAAAGACUUCGUCGGGAACGAGAUGACGACAUCUUUCGUCAUCACAAAAACGUUUGGGGUAAAGAGUUUUCUGGUCACGUAAAGCAAAAAUAAAUUGAUCAUUGAAUUUCUAAAUGGACUUUAUAGAUAGGAAAUGUGAUGUUUAUCAUCCUCGCCCGCCACUUUUUUAUUAUAAUUAUUAAUAUUAUCAUUUUUAAACCCCAAACUGAAAGGUUCUCUGAGCGUCUCUUCCUGCAGCGACUGUUUUCGUGUCUUGGACAGAUGGUGCGUAUGUUUGUAUAUGUAAGAAUAUGAAUGUUUGUCAAAUGAGCGUGUGUGUGUGUGUGUUUUCAUUGUAAAUGCGUGUAGUAUCUGCCCGGCUCUGCUAAAGCACACACUGAUCUCUGAAGCGGGCUGUAUUGUGUUUAACCUCCCGCUUCAGGCUUUUCUUCUUCUUCUUCUUUCUUUUUUAUAGCUGAUGUCUCAAAGGAUUCUGGGCUGUACAUUAGGGAUCUAAAUCAUUUAGCGAUACUGAUUUAUUUAAAGCAUACAGUCUGUUUUUUUAAUCAUUUGCAUUUAGAAAUAAAAUUUAAAGAAAAUCUGA